ACAUGGGGGUGCGGGGGUGCAGGUGCCCAGCGUCAUGGGUUAGGUCCGAGCUCGGCGUCCCCGGCUCUCCGCCCCGCGCGCCCCGGCUCGGUGGGGUGCCACCAUGUCGGGCGACAAACUGCUGAGCGAACUGGGCUAUAAGCUGGGGCGCACCAUCGGCGAGGGCAGCUACUCCAAGGUCAAGGUGGCCACGUCCAAGAAGUACAAGGGCACGGUGGCCAUCAAGGUGGUGGACCGGCGGCGCGCGCCGCCCGACUUCGUCAACAAGUUCCUGCCGCGCGAGCUGUCCAUCCUGCGCGGCGUGCGCCACCCGCACAUCGUGCACGUCUUCGAGUUCAUCGAGGUGUGCAACGGCAAGCUGUACAUCGUCAUGGAGGCCGCGGCCACCGACCUGCUGCAGGCCGUGCAGCGCAGCGGCCGCAUGCCCGGGCCGCAGGCGCGCGAGCUCUUCGCGCAGAUCGCCGGCGCCGUGCGCUACCUGCACGACCACCACCUCGUGCACCGCGACCUCAAGUGCGAGAACGUGCUGCUGAGCCCGGACGAGCGGCGCGUCAAGCUCACCGACUUCGGCUUCGGCCGCCAGGCGCACGGCUACCCGGACCUCAGCACCACCUACUGCGGCUCGGCGGCCUACGCCUCGCCCGAGGUGCUGCUCGGCAUCCCCUACGACCCCAAGAAGUACGACGUGUGGAGCCUGGGCGUCGUGCUCUACGUCAUGGUCACCGGCUGCAUGCCCUUCGACGACUCGGACAUCGCCGGCCUGCCGCGCCGCCAGAAGCGCGGCGUGCUCUACCCCGACGGCCUCGAGCUGCCGGAGCGCUGCAAGGCGCUCAUCGCCGAGCUGCUGCAGUUCAGCCCGUCGGCGCGGCCCUCGGCCGGGCAGGUGGCCCGCAACGGCUGGCUGCGCUCGGGGGACUCGGGGUAG